UUAUUUUUGUUGAAUAGAUUUUUUUAUGUGAAAUGUUUGUCAAACAAGUGAUUAGUUUGCUAUCAAUUUUGUUAAUAAUAAUAAUAAUAUUAACCGUAUUUAAUGUCAACAAAUGUUUAGCUGAUAAUGCUUUUCAUAAAGACUGUCCUGAUAUCCCAUUCAUUACGCGUACGGAAUGGGGCGCACGUAUACCAAACCGAUCCAUACCUCCGCAGCAACUACCUGUCCGGCAUGUAUUCAUACAUCACACCAGUAGCUACACGGAUCAGUGUCUGGAUUUAACUGCAUGUAUCCGUGCUGUACGUAGCAUCCAGGACAAUCAUAUGGACAGUCGCCAGUGGCCGGAUAUUGGCUACAAUUUACUAAUAGGUGGCGACGGACGGGUAUAUUUUGGUCGUAAUUAUCAUACCCAGGGUUCGCAACCCCUGGGAAUGUCUAAUCAAUCGAUACAAAUAGCAUUUAUUGGUCAAUACAGUCGUCGGGAACCAUCGGAUCGUAUGGUCGAAUUGUCCGCUAGACUAACCAAAUGUUUGGUAACCAGAAAUCGUUUGGCCAAUGAUUAUCAAUUGCACGGUCACAGGGAUCAGUCGUGUACAUCAAGUCCUGGCAAACGUUUAUAUAGUUUAUUAGGGAAAAAUUGGCCAAAAAAUUUUGUGGCCGGUCCAUUACCUGGCUAUCAAUGUCCACUGACGGACUUUCUAUUUGCCGGCAAUCGAUUUAUGAUAAAAAACGGUUCAAUUGUCGACUCUAGUUAUCUAAAAUCGUUGAAAAAAGGUAGCUAUAGUAUCAUAUCAGGCCUGGCUAUGCAUAGUAUACCUACAAUUAUCGAGCAUACUAAUAAUAAUGCUGCUGGUGGUGAUGGUGGUAAUGGUGGUGGUAGUGGUAGUGGUGGUGGUGGUGGUAGUGGUGGUGGUAGUGGUGGUGGUGAUACUAUUGGUUAUCCCGGUUCUCCUCGUUAUUCCGGUGUUGGAGCUCCUGUUGGUGCAGCUACUGGUGCUCCCGGUGUUGGAGCUUCUGUUGGUGCAGCUACUGGUGCUCCCGGUGUUGGAGCCCCGGUUGGUGCAGCUACUGGUGCUCCCGGUGUUGGAGCUCCUGUUGGUUCAGCAACUGGUGCUCCCGGUGUUGGAGCUUCUGUUGGUUCAGCUACUGGUGCUCCCGGUGUUGGAGCUUCUGUUGGUUCAGCUACUGGUGCUCCCGGUGUUGGAGCCCCGGUUGGUGCAGCUACUGGUGCUCCCGGUGUUGGAGCUCCUGUUGGUUCAGCUACUGGUGCUCCCGGUGUUGGAGCCCCGGUUGGUGCAGCUACUGGUGCUCCCGGUGUUGGAGCCCCGGUUGGUGCAGCUACAGGUGCUCCCGGUGUUGGACAUUGAUAAUUAAAUUAAAUAUA